CGUCAUAUCAGUUUGUAUUGGGUCGAUUUUCCACAUUGAUCAUUAUUUCUUGGUCACGAUUUGUUUGGACACCUCUAUUUUGGCAACAGUCGUCUAGGAAAUGAAAUAAGUGACGCAAAUAAUGAUAAUCACCCUAGUCAAUCGAAUAUUGACAUGAAUUCUUGAAAAAAAAAACAAAUUGAGAGUAAGGAAGAUUGAAAACAUUUUUCAUCCAUAAACCAUUAUGUCGAGACACUAUUUUGGAAAUCAGUAUGAUAGACCUUAUGGUCCAACCUUGCUGAGGAACUGGGAGGUACCAAAAUACUACAAAGGCGGACAUCUAGUUGAUAAACUGAGACCAACAAGAUGUUCCACGAAAAUCAUUUCAAAUGAGAGAGGUCAUUUGGUACCCGGAGUCCAGAGGCCCAAGGAAUUACCUUGGAUACAAUUUCCAACAACCUGGCACCUUCCCAAGAAGAUUACCAGAAAAACCGCCGAUGAGAUAAGUGGCUUGAAUAAGAUAAAAAAAUUCCUUUGUUCUGAUGGCAAGCAGAAGGAGAAACAUGCACAUCCUUGCGUUGUUGCGAAUGUAACACAGGAUCAUAAAGGGGAAGAAAAAGUUGAGAAAACAAUUGAGCCAUCAAAAGAGCAACGCCAUUGCCCAAUACACGACUGCCUGUAAAAGUUAGCUGCAUGAUUCACAUUCUAUAAAAUUGUGCUUUCGUUAAUUUACAUUUUUCAAUAAAUAGAAUACCCUUCACUAUGUUUUGUUUUCUUUUUAUUCAAGUACUUCCCAUUCAAAAAAUAGAGGCUACUACUUUUUUUUUAUCUUAAGGUAUAAUAUUAUUGAUUUUUCAUGCAGUGCGAAAAUGACAUAAAUCUUCCAAACGUAUAUGAGGCCAAAAAUAAUCCAUCCAAAGUGAUUCCUUACGUUCCUGGCGAUUUUACCGAAGAGCACCAUCGUCCUGAGAGCUAUGAUGAGUUAGCAUCCAAACGUUUUGAAGAUAAAAGCAAUACAGGACUUCAUCUUAUUGGAAAGGGAUAUCCGAGGUAUAGAGAAGACUUCAGCAGAGUUUCUCCAACUCUGGAGAAGGUUUUUGAGAAGAGUGAGGAAGGUAAAGAUAUGCCAAAAACGGCUUACAGACCUCCAGAAGAAAGACUUGCUGAAAUGAACGAAGAUGAUGGAGCUAUUCGGGAUACCAUGUCAAACUUCCUACUAGCCAAAGAGCUUCACAGACAAAAUUUGGACCACAAUCCACUGCCAGAUAAAAUUUGCCAUACACAAUUUCAAAGGAUGCAAAUGAUGCGCGAUCAAGAACCAGGUUUAGCGUUAGAAGAAGGAGAUUACGCCACAGGUGUCGGCUGGAAAGGCUAUCAAGGCUAUGGCCCCACUCGUUGCACGAAGUUGAAGGUCUUCAGGCCAAAGAGUUCACUUCUGCAGCCUAGGAGGCCUGGUGAGAAGGCUGAUACUUGGGCCAAUUUCGAACAAAAAUGGAGGUUCAUCAAACAGAGCAAGGUUUCACCGAUGGACCUUGCUUUAUGUUGGGACUUGAGACCUGAAGAUCCAAAAGACGAACCCAAACGUCCUGUUCAUAUUGAUGGAUCUAAUGGUUGUUCAGCUCCAGCAGUGUUCUCAAUGGUCCAUACACCGAAAGAAAAUAUCGAGAAAAAAGGAGCAGAACACAGCUGCGACGGUGUACGUGACUGUGUUCCAUUAUUUUACUCAACCUCAAAAUUUGGUGACGAUACUAACUAUUUCUUCGAGAGAAGAUCUGCCAGAGACUUCUCUGAACAGCUUCAACAAAGGAUCGACGACGCUAAAAGAUCUAACAGCGCUUACGAAUUGAGAGAUAUUGACAAAAUAAAAGAAGAAGACAACACGAACAACAAGAAUUCGAAAAGAAAUGGUAGCAUUCCGAAAUUGUACAACGAUGAUACGAAUCAGGUUAAAUGUGAUGAAAAACAUCCUUGUUGUUCACAUUAUAGGAAAAAAACGAUGUUCGCCCCAAAAAGAAAAUAUGAAGGUUCUUGUGUAACUUGCCAAAUGAACAAUAUUUCAAUCGGAGAUGCAGCUCGAACCAAAGAAAAAAAGAAUGUAAAAUACACUUCGCAGGCAGGAUUGCCUCUAAAAAGAGUAAGUAAAAACAUGAUUCGAGUGCCAAGACAGAGAAAACCGUACGCAUCGAAGAAUUAUAGAAUAGAUAGUUUAGCCCCACCUUUUUCUUUACAGAAGGAAAAAAGAGAUGAAUAUCCGGAACAUUGGAGACUAGCCACUGUUUAUCAACAUUCGUACAAACCAAUAAAGAAUAGAAAAUGCACUUUACUUUCUACAGUUUUCAAAUAACACAUACUUCCGUUUGUAACUCAUCAUUCAAUAUUUCUGAGAUAAUUUUCCAAAAUCAGUAUUAAAUAAGUACAAAUAUGUAGAAAUGUAGUAGCAAUUUAAGGAAAUUAUGUUUUAGAAGUCUAAUCAUAAGUAAUUUAAG